AUGCAGCAGGAAAGUUUCAGCUCUCUAAAAAAUGAUGUUAAUUCAAGAGCUCAACAACUCAUUAAUGGCCUCUUUACUCUCUCCCAUUUAAAGUAAAUAUUGGCUUGCUUUCUUAAGAGUCAAUUAUUUAUAAUCUAUAACCAUUAUAAAUAACAAAAUGUAAUAAAAACUUAAAUCAGAAAUAUUAAUUAUCAAUUUAUAUUAGAGAAUAAAAUAUUAAAUAUAAUUUAAUUAGUAAUAUAAAUCUAUACUUUUCCUUUUUAAAUAGGAGGUAAUUAGGGAACAAAGAAUAUAACCAAGAAGAAGUACAGCAGUGGACUGCUCAUCUUUCUGAAGAAAUUGUAAAAACUUUGAAAGAACUUAACAGCAAUUUCAAGUACUGUGUUUCCUGUAUAAUUCUUCAAAAAGGAGAUGCUGGCAUGCAUAUGAGUUCAACCUGCUUCUGGGACAGCAAUCUUGAUGGAAGCGUAGCAAUUAAAUGGGAAAAUAACUCAAUGCACUGCAUUGUCAAUAUUUAUGGCAUUGCCUUCUAA